AGCAGACUUCCUGCUGAGCAGGGAGCCCGAUGUGGGACUCGAUCCCGGAACUCCAGGAUCAUGACCUGAGCCGAAGGCAGUCGUUCAACCAACUGAGCCACCCAGGCGCCCAUCACCAAAUAUUCUUAAUUUGAGUGUACCAUCUGUUUUCUUCUGGGACUGUGGCUAAUACAGUGGUUCCUUGAGUGAGAUUGUACAUGAAGGUGAAGUUAAUGUAGGCCUCAAGGCAAAGAAAGAUAGGAGUUAGAAAUUAAACAGAAUUGAAAGACUGUAGAAUCCAACCUUCCUACCCUAUGCCAAUACUUUUGCUCUGUUUGAUAUUUUAUUUGACACAGCUUAAAAGCAUUCUUGGAAGUUUUUCUUAAUUUCACACCCUCUUGUUUUCCUUCACAGUGCUUGGAUAUUGAGAUAUAUACCUGCCAUAUACCCUAGGGUGACUCACCUUUCUUCCUACUUUUCUUUAAUCAAACCUCAGUGAGCUUUUUAUUCAUACGAUAUUUUGUGAAAGUUAUUUGGCUUUCACUUGAUGGGAAUGCAUCACUUACACAUUAGGUUUUCUCUAUCUUUUUCUCAGCACAAGACAAAGUAAUAAAUAUUAUUUGGUCCUAUAGCCAUCAUAAACACAAAGGCAAAUUCAAGCUCUUGAGAUCCUGUGGCAGUAUUCUCUUUUCAGGGAAUAUGAGCCAGGAUAUGUUUAUAUUAAUUUUUAAAACCCAUAUGAACUGGGAUAGGUUUAUACUAAUUUUAAGUCAAAGAACAUAACAUAAAACGAAAAUAUUAAAAUUAUCCUAAAGAAUUAACAGAUCCCCUUCCUCCCUCAGGACAUCUGCUAACCUUAAUUUGAGAAACAUGGAUUUUCAGGACUGAAUUGAUGUGAGAGAUGGGGAAAAAGUUUGGUAUGAUGACUCAAAGAUGUCUGGUUUGGAUUAGAGUACAUUAUCCUAUUUUCUGAAAUCAGGAGUAAAAAAAAUGCUUUGAGUGAAAAGGAUGAGUUUGUAAAAUCUCAUUUUGAGUUUCCUGCAGUACAUUUUCUUUGUGGUAGACUGAGCUGCAGAUAUAAAUUUGGAGGUCAACAACAUCUACUGAAACCAAGAGAACAGAUGUGGUCAUUCAGGGAGAGCAUGCAGAAAAGACGGCCAAGAAAAAUAAUAGCCUCAGAAAAAACAGUUCCUGGAAAGUAGCAGUUACCAAAGGGAGAGAGGUACAUCAAAACAGAGGCAUGUUUUACGAAUGAAAUGGUCAAUGCUGUCAGAUACUCUAAAAGGUCAAGUAAGAUAAAGACUGAAAAGAGUUAAUUGUAUCUGAUGAUCAAGAAGUGAUCAGCGUACAAGCAAUUUCAGUGGAGUGGGGUCAAAGUCUGAUCACAGUGAGCCUAAGAGCGAAGGGGGAAGUGAGGAAAAGCAGCCUAUAAGUCAAGAUUAUUUUUCCUUGGUUGUGAAGAUGUAGCUGGAGGCCACUGCAAAGGUGGGACUUGAAAACAGUGUAAAAGAUUUUGGGCUUCGGACCACCAGUGAGUGGCACCAGAUGGGGAGAAGGACAAGAGUCAACGUGUAGCUUAAAAAUAGAGAUUCUAAGAAUCGUUCAAUCACGAUGUUGUACACCUGAAAUAUAGCACUAUACGUUAAUUACACUGGAAUUGAAAAAAAAAAGAUCCUAGAAAAGUGGAGAGAUCAGGGCAAGGGUCAAAUAAAAAGAGAUUUCUUCGGAGUUGGGAGAUGGGAAGUGGGUGAAGUUAUACAGUAGAAUGGGAAAUUGAGGGAGCUCACACAUUGAACAGAAUGGCUCCAAUUUUCUCUGUAGAAUAAGCGGCAGGGUCCCCUGCAGAGACCAAGAAGAGCGCAUGACUUGGGGAGAGCGCUGAACAUUUGGGAGAGAAAACUGCCCGGGGCGGCGGGGAGUAAAAAGGGUUACUGAGAGGCGCUGAGGGCCGGCUGGAGCGUUUGACUAUGAAUUGAACGUGGCACCAAUCUCAAAACUUUCCCUUCCAAGUCCGCCGUGCAGGGUGUGAGGCGCCGAGAAGGCCGAUGAAGGUUGAUUUCUACUUAAAUCCCAAUCCUGUGUGAGUGCCUACCUCAGAUUCGUGAAAAGCACCAGAAAGGUCACUGUGUUUGUAUUCUAAGACGUGUUGUUCUGUAGCUUCAGCAUCUCAAGGCUUUUACGGAAAUCGAACCUUUUUUUUUUAAAGGCGGGGAUAUUAGAUGCAGGAACGGGCCCAACUCUUUUUCUCCCCAGAUCUGCCCGGAGGGAGGGCAGGUGGCCGCUGCCGUCCAGGUGCCUCUUCUCGCGGCGGAGGAGGGGGCUCCUGACCCGGCGCCGCCAGGCGGAAGCACCUCUGCCAUUGGCCCAGCGGCGGCUUUUACCUGAGCGCAGCCCCGGGGCCCGAGCGCAAAGUCCGCGACAUCCAGCCGGAGAGGAGGCGGUCAGCAGCGCAGGUGGGCCCAGGCAAGAUGCUCCAGGGGUUUCGGAGAAAGGUGAAAGCCAAGUCCAAGGAGGCCGCCCAGCUGGUGAAGGUCGAGCCGGCGGGCGCGGGCGGCGGCAUUCUCCCGGACCCCCCGCCUCCCACACGCAAGCUGGUUUUCCACACGCAGCUGGCCCACGGCAGCCCCACGGGCCGAGUGGAGGAUUUCACCAGCAUCCGGGAGCUUUACGCCAAAAUCGCGGGAGUGUUUGAGAUCUCGGCGUCUGAGAUAUUAUAUUGUACUUUAAACACACCUAAAGUUGAUAUGGAAAGAGUCUUAGGAUCUCAUGUAGGUGUUGAAGAUUUCAUAUUUGCCCAUGUGAAAGGGAUCCAAAAAGAAGUGAAUGUAUAUAAAUCUGAGGAUUCACUUGGUCUCACUAUCACAGAUAAUGGUACUGGUUAUGCUUUUAUAAAGAGAAUUAAAGAUGGUAGCCUAAUUGACUCUGUUAAAACAGUCUGUGUGGGGGAUCAUAUUGAAUCUGUAAAUGGAGAAAAUAUCGUUGGGUGGCGUCACUAUGAUGUUGCAAAAAAAUUAAGGGAAUUAAAAAAAGAUGAAUCCUUUACCUUGAAGUUAAUAGAACCUAAGAAGGCAUUUGAAGUAGAGCCAAGGUCAAAAGCUGGAAAGUCAUCAGAAAAAAUUAGUACUGGAAGAGAGACACUUCGCCUGAGAUCAAAGGGUCCUGCCACCAUGGAAGACAUGCCCUCUGAAACCAAAAAAAAAGCAAUUGAAAAGAUUGAUGAUCUUCUUGAAUUGUACAUGGGAAUUCAAGAUACUGAUUUAGCUACCACAAUGUUUGAAGCUGGAAAGGACAAAGGUAAUCCAGACGAAUUUGCUGUGGCACUUGACGAAACUCUUGGAGACUUUGCGUUCCCAGAUGAAUUUGUCUUUGAUGUUUGGGGAGUCAUUGGUGAUGCAAAACGAGAAUGAUGAUGACGUGGAUGAUCCAUCUCUGGAGAAAUGAACCAUUCUUUUAAAAAAAAAUCCAUAAGAUCUGUUUUUAGACACUGUUACAGACUCUGGUUUGGUCUUAUGAGUUUGGAAUACAUUCUUUGAAAUAUAAUUUUGGUUUCUGGGUACCUUUUAAUGCGGUUGCAGUUGUGGUAUGCUUAAAUCACCUAAAGUAUCAAUUUUAAUAUUCAUUCAAGAGUCUUUUUAAAGUAAGUUUUAGGGAGUAUUUCUAGAGAGAGGAUUUUGCUCCCUAUUAACAUCGUGUUUUCUUUUCCACAUGUAAGUAGCUGAUUGCAAUAGCUCUGUAGCUCAUUUUUAAAAUCUUAAUGCAGUGAGACUGGGAUUAGAGUAUGGUUUGCCUCUGAGCAUCUUCACUUUGUUAUACCAGCCUGAUCUGGGUAUGUUCAGGAAGUGAAGUGUGAAUUAUGACCACUGUGGGUCCAGAAAGCGUUUUUUUAAUCCACUGAAUAAGGGGAGGACAAUUCCUAAAGCCUCUUGAUGUCUAUGGCCUACUUUCUUCAUAAAACAAGGAUUGAUUGACUUUUAUAUUUUUGCUUCUUUGUAAUUCCUCCUUUUAAAAAACUUGUUAAAAUCUAUUAUACUGUGUAUGUAUUUGCCUGUGUGGAAGAAGGGUAGAAAAGGCAGGGUAGAAACCACUUAAAUUUGAUUUUUUUAAAGCAGUUCUUAAACCAUUCUUUUUCCACUCAUACCCACUUUUAUGUUAUCCUUUAUAAGCACUCCAGGGAAGGUUUUUAUAGUCUUUGUAGAACUUUUCUUUUGAAAGAUAUUUACUCAGAAAAUAACUAUGUUUGAGAACAUUUUUUUUUUUUGGGGGUGAAAGAGCAAUGCUUUUAAGCCCCCUAAACUUUAGAGGAGAUACUAUCAGAAAUCAAUUUCCCCCAGUGGAAAUAAAGGAGGAUGGGAGGAAUUGAGAAAAUAUAUUAGUCUAUUAUUUUAGAGUUCUAACAUACUUUCUCUAAAACCUUACAUUAUUGAGAAAAUUGAGGGCAAAUGACUGUCUUAUCACUCUUAUUUGACAUUUUAUGGAUGUCAGAGAAUGGAAAUGAAUGGUUUCAACAUAGAUCACUUAAUAAGGCAGUGCAUGGUGUGACCAAGCAUUCUUCUAAAGUGUUAGAUGGAAAAUGCUGUGUGCUGCCAUGGUGAUCGGAAAUAAUGACCCGCGAGGGCUGUAUUCCAGGAAAUCAGGAGCAGUUCCCUUUUCAUGGUGAGUUAAUGCUUAGAUAACUGUUGUUUUCUGGUGCAACUUUACUUUUACUGACAUCCACUCCUCUUUCACAUAAGUAUAAUGUUUGAAGCAGAUACUCUUUGUCUCAUUAAUCUGAGACCUGUAGAGAAAGCCCUGUUUUAGUCAUUAAUGUGUAACUAAAGGAGUUUACAGAACAUGGAUUGUCUUAAUGCGCUUGCCCAUCAUUUGAAAAUGGGACCCAGCUCAGGCUGUAAUUUGUUACUUGUUUCAUGGAUUUCUUUUGGAGCUCCCCAAAUAUCUAUUAAUUCUUUUUUAAAAAAUUAUUUUUAAUUUUUUAAUUUUUAAUUUUUAUUUUAAGGUGUCUACUGAUUCUUAAUACCACCUCUCUUAGAAGGACACACAAAGAAAGAGUUGAUAUUUUUAAAGGUGAGAAAGUUGAGGCAGGCCCAUAAAAGCACUUUAGUUUAACAAAAAAAAUUUCCUGGCACUAGAUGUUAGAUUUGAAAUGAUGAGUCAUUAUUUAUUGUUGAUAUCUUUUUCUCCUUCCUUUUUGGGCACGCAGGAAGGUUGACACUGAUUUUCGGUGAUUUAUGGAAUCUCAUAUUCAGAAACUGAGUUGUGCUCACCAUGAGUUUUCUGGAAUUUUGAUGUGUAAGGUACCAGUAUCCAUGUACAGCGGUAACUCUACUUGCCUGUUAGGGUUAAAUAGUAGUUAUCAUCAUUCAGGGCUUCACCUGGGUACAGGUACUUUAAUCCUAAUAGGUUUUUCCUUGAAGUGUCUUUGUCUCUCACCUCUAUUGCUAAGCUGAUAACAAGGUCAGUUUCUUUAUGUCAUUUUGUUCCGUCCCUGAAAGUGUAUCCGUUUGUGAACUUUGUGCCUUUUGGUAACUCUCAGUGCACAGAAAGAGCAGGGUCUCAUUUUAGUUGUCACCGUCUACGAUAUGGGCUACCCUUCUACUACAAUGAGACCAGUCUUUUUUUUUUUUUUUUCCAUUAAACAUGCUAUUUCAUUGAUACCACCAAACAUUUCCAGAAGGCCUCUCUCAUUUUCUUUUGUUCUACAGGAGUUUUUUUCCCCCCAGUGGAGGAGGAUUAUUUUAUUCUUGAUUUCCUUCCAUGCAAAAUUGCAUCUUUCAGGGGUCACUAAGCACACACUGUGUAUUUUCUCUGUGGCAGAGUAUGCAGGUGGGGACUGAAUUUUGGGCUUGAUGGGGCCUUGAAUAUUGCUUGCCCCUGAUCAAGUGUACAUAUUCUGAUGAUUAUAAAUAGGUACAUUUUGGGCUUCUGUUACAUUUCAAAAAUAUAAUUAAAUAAUUACAUGAUGUGAAACUUUAAGAAUUCAAUUAUAAAAGCUGUAAUCAGUUAACCUCUCCUUGGGACGGCUAUAUCCAAUAUUGUAAUGUAAACAGGUAAUUAGAAAUAAUUUUGCCAAAUGACUAAUUUGCUGUAUUUCCCCUUAUAACUUUAACGAUUUUUUUUUUUUUUAAUUUAUUUGAGAGAGAGAGAAAGAGAGAGAGCACAUGAGAUGGGGGGAGGGUCAGAGGGAGAAGCAGACUCCCUGCUGAGCAGGGAGCCUGAUGCGGGACUCGAUUCAGGGACUCCAGGAUCAUGACCUGAGCCGAAGGCAGUCGCUUAACCAACUGAGCCACCCAGGCGCCCCCCCUUAUAACUUUAACAAAGAGAGAUUUUCCAAGUGAAGCACACUUUCUUUAGGUCCAUGUUAUUGCUAGACCUUCAUCAAGUCUAGAGAGAGCCUUCCUGGCAUCCUUCAGUUAUCAUUGCCUAUCUAGCAUAGAAGCAAAAUGAAUUUUAUCUGCGAAUAGAGUUUUCAAAAUAAUGGUUCUUCUAAAUAGGGCACAGUUAUCUGCCAAAGAUGUAAAAGAUCGAUCAUAUAAUAACCCUUUCACCCUCUGAUACAUCUUAAAAUAUAUGGAUACUGAUAGCAUUGUUAUUAUUCUGGUGGUGGUAAUGGGUUAGAAGGACAGUCAGUGUUUUACCCAAGCUAUGAAAGAAUAAAAAGAUAGGAGAUGCUGUUCAGCUCACUGUCCCAAGAACAAGUGCUCUGUGUAAAAUGCACAUUUAUUAACUUCUUGACACAGAUUGAAAGGGACAUCAGAGUAAUUACAAGUCCCUUACACAUACCAUGGUUAUAAAAUGUUUCUAAGAUUGUGAAGUAUACAAAUGGCACAGCCUGUCCUUACCUCUUACCUGAAAUCCUAGUUCUAAGAAAUGACUCAUGGUUAUUAUCUGCUGGGAGGGUGAAAAUUGAAUAUGACACCUUUAUCUCAAUUUGAAACAUUAAGCCUCUAUAAAACUUAGUAUAGCCAUAGAUAUUUUUAAAGCAGUAACAAAAUAAAUUUUCUGAUAGUUUUAAAUAUUUUAUAUUUUGAACUGUUCAUGCCAUACAAUGAUAUUGACUAUAUGUAGGAAAAAUAAUCUGUUUUUUUGGGGAAAAAAAACUUUUGUCUUUUGUAAAAAUCAUAGCAUAUACUUUAAAAUGUUUUUUGAGAUUGAAUUUUGGAAAUUUAUUAAUUUGUGAAAUUAUAACAUUUUAUUUAAAACACUAUUUCUACUUGUAGAUUGUACAAAUGUUUAUGUAUUGAUUAAAGAGUGAAUUAUUGUAAAGGUAUAAUUUAUAAUGUUUAAAAUAUAACUCCUUAAAAUAAAC